CGGCGGGACUGACGUGGCCGCGGCAUGGAGCGGGCGUGAUUCAUCAGCCACCGCGCGGGGGCCGCGGAUCGGGGGGAGCGCAGCGGCCGCCUAGGCGCCCAGGGCCAGGCAGCAGCGUCCCCCCGCCGAGCCUCGCGCGCGCUCAUCUCGCUGCUGGCGGCCGGGUCCCUGCGAAGGUCAAGAUGGAAGAGAUCCUGAGGAAGCUGCAGAAGGAAGCGUCCGGGAGCAAGUACAAAGCCAUCAAAGAGAGCUGCACUUGGGCCCUGGAAACCCUGGGUGGUGUAGAUACCAUCGUCAAGAUCCCUCCACACUUGCUGAGAGAGAAAUGCUUGCUGCCUCUCCAGUUGGCUUUGGAAUCCAAGAAUGUGAAGCUCGCCCAACAUGCCUUGGCAGGGAUCCAGAAGCUUCUGUCAGAAGAGAGGUUUGUAUCCAUGGAAACAGACUCUGAUGAGAAGCAGCUGCUCAAUCAGAUCCUGAACGCUGUGAAAGUGACUCCUUCCCUCAAUGAAGACCUGCAGGUGGAAGUGAUGAAGGUUUUACUCUGCACAACCUACACCCCAACAUUUGACCUGAGUGGGAGUGCGGUGCUGAAGGUGGCGGAGGUGUGCAUUGAGACAUAUAUAUGCAGCUGUCACCAGCGCAGUAUAAACACAGCUGUGCGGGCAACUCUCAGUCAGAUGCUGAGCGACCUGACCUCCCAGUUACGACAAAGGCAAGAGAACACGAUCAUUGAAAACCCAGAUGUUCCACAGGACUUCAGGAAUCAAGGGUCGACAGUAGAGUCCCUCUGUGAUGACCUUGUCUCCGUGCUUGCUGUUCUGUGUGAGAAGCUACAAGCUGCCAUCAAUGACACUCAGCAGCUGCAGCUGCUGUACUUGGAGUGCAUCCUGUCCGUGCUCAGCAGCUCCUCCUCCUCCAUGCGCCUGCACAGAGGCUUCACAGACCUGAUCUGGAAGAACCUCUGCCCUGCCCUCAUCGUGAUCCUGGGGAAUCCGGUGCAGGACAGAACCAUCAGCUCCGCCCACGGCAGCGGCGCGGGCACCGGCGUGGUGUCGGACGCGGCAGCCUCGGGAGUCGCGGACCACGGCCGGGGCUCAGGCUGCUCCUCCUCGGCGCCAGCCCUGAGCGGGCCUGUGGCGCGGACCGUCUAUUACGUCGCGGCGGAGCUGGUCCGGCUCGUGGGGUCGGUGGACUCCAUGAAGCCGGUGCUCCAGUCCCUCUAUCACCGCGUGCUGCUUUACCCCCCACCCCAGCACCGGGUGGAAGCCAUCAAAAUAAUGAAGGAGCUACUUGGGAGCCCACAGCAUCUCUGUGAUUUGGCAGGACCCAGCUCCACUGAAUCAGAAUCCAGAAAAAGAUCAGUUUCAAAAAGAAAAUCUCAUCUGGAUCUGCUUAAACUCAUCAUGGAUGGCAUGACGGAAGCAUGCAUCAAGGGUGGCAUUGAAGCUUGCUAUGCCGCAGUGGCCUGUGUCUGCACUUUGCUCGGGGCCCUAGAUGAGCUCAGCCAGGGCAAAGGCUUGAGCGAAAGUCAGGUCCAGCUGCUGCUUCUGCGCCUCGAGGAGCUGAAGGAUGGGGCUGAGUCAAGCCGAGACUCCGUGGAGAUCAAUGAGGCCGACUUCCGCUGGCAGCGGCGAGUCCUGUCCUCAGAACACACGCCGUGGGAGUCAGGGAAUGAGAGGAGCCCAGACAUCAGCAUUAGUGUGACUACAGACACGGGCCAGACCACUUUGGAGGGAGAGUUGGGUCAGACCACACCCGAGGACCACUCCGAGAACCACAAAGGCAGCCUCAAGUCCCCAGCCCUCCAAGAGAGCAAGGAGACUCUGAGUAAAGUGUCAGAACCCGAAGCGGUAGACCAACCAGAUGUUGUUCAGAGAAGCCACACGGUUGCUUACCCUGACAUAACUAACUUCCUGUCCGUGGACUGUAGGAUGAGGUCCUACGGAUCUAGAUACAGUGAGAGCAAUUUCAGUGUAGAAGACCAAGACCUUUCUAGGACGGAAUUUGAUUCCUGUGAUCAGUACUCGAUGGCAGCAGAAAAGGACUCGGGGAGGUCUGAUGUGUCAGACAUUGGGUCGGACAACUGCUCACUAGCUGAUGAGGAGCAGACCCCCCGAGACUGCCUGGGCCACAGGUCCCUGCGAACUGCUGCUCUGUCUCUCAAGCUGCUGAAGAACCAGGAGGCCGAGCAGCACAGCGCCAGGCUGUUUGUGCAGUCCCUAGAAGGCCUCCUGCCUCGCCUCCUGGCUCUGCCCGGCGUGCGAGAGGUGGACUCGGCCCUCCAGAACUUUGCCUCUACCUUCUGCUCAGGCAUGAUGCACUCCCCCGGGUUCGACGGGAGCAGCAGCAUUAGCUUGCAGAUGCUGAUGAACGCCGACAGCCUGUACGCGGCCGCGCACUGCGCUCUGCUCCUCAACCUGAAGCUCUCCCACGGCGACUACUACCGGAAGCGGCCCCCGCUGGCGCCGGGCAUAAUGAAGGAGUUCAUGAAGCAGGUCCAGAGCAGCGGGGUGCUGAUGGUCUUCUCCCAGGCCUGGAUCGAGGAACUCUACCAUCAGGUGCUCGACAGAAACAUGCUGGCAGAAGCUGGCUACUGGGGCAGCCCGGAGGAUAACAGCCUUCCCCUCAUCACCAUGCUGACGGAUAUUGAUGGGUUAGAGAGCAGUGCAAUUGGAGGCCAGCUGAUGGCCUCAGCUUCUACCGAAUCUCCUUUCACCCAGGGCAGGAGAAUCGAUGACUGCACAGUGGCAGGUGUGGCGUUUGCUCGCUAUAUUCUGGUUGGUUGCUGGAAGAACUUGAUUGAUACUUUAUCAACCCCCCUGACUGGCCGAAUGGCAGGGAGCUCCAAAGGACUGGCCUUCAUUCUGGGAGCUGAAGGCAUCAAAGAACAGAACCAAAAAGAGCGAGAUGCCAUCUGCAUGAGCCUCGAUGGGCUGCGGAAAGCAGCGCGGCUGAGCUGUGCUCUAGGAGUUGCGGCUAACUGUGCCUCAGCCCUUGCCCAGAUGGCAGCUGCCUCCUGUGUCCAGGAAGAAAAAGAGGAAAAGGAAGUCCAAGAACCCAGCGAUGCCUUAGCACAAGUGAAACUAAAAGUGGAGCAGAGACUGGAGCAGAUCGGGAAGCUGCAGGGGGUGUGGCUGCACACAGCCCACGUCUUGUGCAUGGACGCCAUCCUCAGUGUAGGCCUGGAGAUGGGAAGCCACAACCCGGACUGCUGGCCACAUGUGUUCAGGGUAUGUGAGUACGUGGGGACGUUGGAGCACACCCACUUCAGCGAUGGCACCUCUCAGCCCCCUCUGACCGUCAGCCAGCCCCAGAAAGUGCCGCGGGGCUCCGGACUCCUUGGGGAGCCAGAGUGUGAGGACUUCCCCCAGGAACAGAACCUGGAGCAGGAGAGCUCCCUGAGGGCAGCCCCUGUCAUCCAGCCCCUCUCCAUCCAAGAACUCAUCCGGGAAGGCAGCCGAGGCCGGGCCUCCGACUUUCGCGGCAGCAGCCUCAUGACCGGGAGCAGUGCUGCCAAGGCUGUGCUCACGCUCUCCACCCAGGCUGACAGGCUCUUUGAAGACGCUACGGAUAAGCUGAACCUGAUGGCUUUGGGAGGUUUCCUCUACCAGCUGAAGAAAGCAUCGCAGGCGCAGCUCUUCCAUUCUGUCACGGAGACGGUCGAUUACUCUCUGGCAAUGCCAGAAGCAGAUACUGAUUCCAAAAGGGACUGGAAGAACAGGGGAGAAAAACGGAAGGAUCAACAGAAGCUUCACAUCACUCUUAGCAAAACUUCUGCCAGGGUAUAUCCUUUAAUGAUGGGAGAAGUUAAAUCCACUCAAGACCGGAAAAGCGCCCUCCACCUCUUCCGCCUCGGGGACGCCAUGCUGAGGAUCGUGCGGAGCAAAUCGCGGCCCCUGCUCCACGUGAUGCGCUGCUGGGGCCUUGUGGCCCCACACCUGGUGGAGGCUGCCUGCCAUAAGGAAAGACGUGUCUCUCAGAAGGCUGUUUCCUUCAUCCAUGAUAUACUGACAGAGGUUCUCACUGACUGGAAUGAGCCACCUCAUUUUCAUUUUAACGAAGCACUGUUCCGACCUUUUGAGCGUAUUAUGCAGCUGGAGUUGUGUGAUGAGGACGUCCAAGACCAGGUGGUCACAUCCAUUGGUGAGCUGGUUGAAGUGUGUUCCACCCAGAUCCAGUCGGGAUGGAGGCCCUUGUUCAGUGCCCUGGAAACAGUGCACAGUGGGAACAAGUCCGAGGUGAAGGAGUAUCUGGUUGGUGAUUAUUCCAUGGGAAAAGGCCAAGCUCCAGUGUUUGAUGUAUUUGAAGCUUUUCUCAAUACUGACAACAUCCAGGUCUUUGCUAAUGCAGCCACUAGUUACAUCAUGUGCCUUAUGAAGUUUGUCAAAGGACUGGGGGAGGUAGACUGUAAAGAGAUUGGAGACUGUGUCCCAGGACCAGGAGCCACGUCCCCAGACCUGUGCCUCCCUGCCCUGGAUUACCUUAGGCGCUGUUCUCAGUUAUUGGCCAAAAUCUACAAAAUGCCCUUGAAGCCAAUAUUCCUUAGUGGGCGACUUGCUAGCUUGCCUCGAAGACUUCAGGAGCAGUCAGCCAGCAGUGAGGAUGGAAUUGAGUCAGUCCUGUCUGAUUUUGAUGAUGACACUGGCCUGAUAGAAGUCUGGAUCAUCCUGCUGGAGCAGCUAACAGCGGCUGUAUCCAACUGUCCACGUCAGCACCAACCACCAACCUUGGAUUUGCUGUUCGAGCUGUUGAGAGAUGUUACCAAAACACCUGGACCAGGGUUUGGUAUCUAUGCCGUCGUUCACCUUCUCCUUCCUGUGAUGUCUCUUUGGCUCCGUCGUAGCCAUAAGGACCAUUCAUACUGGGAUGUAGCCUCCGCUAAUUUCAAGCACGCCAUCGGUCUAUCCUGUGAGCUGGUGGUGGAGCACAUUCAAAGCUUUAUUCACUCAGACAUCAGGUACGAGAGCAUGAUCAACACCAUGCUGAAGGACCUCUUCGAGUUACUGGUGGCCUGUGUGGCCAAACCCACAGAAACCAUCUCUAGAGUGGGAUGCUCCUGUAUUAGGUACGUCCUCGUGACGGCAGGCCCUGUGUUCACCGAGGAGAUGUGGAGGCUGGCCUGCUGUGCACUGCAGGACGCGUUCUCCGCCACGCUCAAGCCAGUGAAGGAUCUGCUGGGCUGCUUCCACAGCGGCACGGAGAGCUUCAGCGGGGGAGGCUGCCAGGUGAGGGUGGCGGCCCCCUCCUCCUCCCCCAGCGCCGAGGCGGAGUACUGGCGCAUCCGAGCCAUGGCCCAGCAGGUGUUCAUGCUGGAUACCCAGUGCUCACCAAAGACUCCCAACAACUUCGAUCAUGCUCAGUCCUGUCAGCUCAUUAUUGAGCUGCCUCCUGAUGAAAAGCCAAAUGGACACACCAAGAAAAGUGUUUCUUUCAGGGAAAUUGUAGUGAGCUUACUGUCUCAUCAAGUGUUACUCCAGAACUUAUAUGAUAUCUUGUUAGAAGAGUUUGUCAAAGGCCCCUCACCUGGAGAGGAGAAGACGCUCCAGGUGCCCGAAGCCAAGCUGGCCGGCUUCCUCAGAUACAUCUCCAUGCAAAACCUGGCAGUCAUUUUUGACCUGCUGCUGGACUCGUACAGGACAGCCAGAGAGUUUGACACCAGCCCCGGGCUGAAGUGCCUGCUGAAGAAAGUGUCUGGCAUUGGGGGUGCUGCCAACCUCUACCGCCAGUCCGCAAUGAGUUUUAACAUUUACUUCCACGCGCUGCUCUGUGCUGUUCUCACUAAUCAAGAAACCAUCACUGCUGAGCAAGUGAAGAAAGUCCUUUUUGAGGACGACGAGAGAAGCACAGACUCGUCCCAGCAGUGCUCAUCAGAAGAUGAAGACAUUUUUGAGGAGACUGCCCAGGUGAGCCCCCCGAGAGGCAAGGAGAAGAGGCAGUGGAGGGCCCGGAUGCCCUCUCUGAGCGUCCAGCCCAUCAGCAACGCGGACUGGGUGUGGCUGGUCAAGAGGCUUCACAAGCUGUGCAUGGAACUGUGUAAUAACUACAUCCAGAUGCACCUGGACCUGGAAAACAGCCUGGAGGAAGCACCCGUCUUCAAGAGCGACCCGUUCUUCAUCCUUCCCUCCUUCCAGUCGGAGUCGUCCACCCCAUCCACUGGGGGGUUCUCAGGCAGAGACACGCCUUCGGAGGACGACCGGGGCCAGGCGCGGGAGCACGCGGCCGAGGCUCUGGGCCUGAGGGCGGGCGGCGGGGAAAUGCUGCCUCUGCCCCCCAGCCCCAAGGUGGAGAGGAAGGACCCCAGCCGCAAGAAGGAAUGGUGGGAGAACGCCGGCAACAAAAUCUACACCAUGGCGGCGGACAAGACCAUUUCGAAGUUGAUGACUGAAUACAAAAAGAGGAAACAGCCACAUAACCUGCCCACAUUCCCCAAAGAAGCCAAAGUGGAGAGGAAGGGAGAAGCGCUGGGCGCCAGGGGCCAGGACUCGCCGCUGCCUCAGCGCCCCCAGCACCUGGUGGACCAGGGGCAGAUGCGGCACUCGGUCAGCGCAGGCCCCGAGCUGCUGCGCCAGGACAGGAGGCCCCGCUCGGGCUCGGCCGGGAGCUCCCUGAGCGUGUCCGUGAGAGACGCCGAAGCACAGAUCCAGGCAUGGACCAACAUGGUGCUAACAGUUGUCAAUCAGAUUCAGAUCCUUCCGGACCCGACCUUCACAGCCCUGCAGCCAGCAGUGUUCCCGUGCAUCAGCCAGCUGACCUGUCAUGUGACUGACAUCAGAGUUCGCCAGGCAGUGAGAGAAUGGCUUGGCAGAGUUGGCCGUGUCUAUGACAUCAUUGUGUAGAAGACUCAUGUUGAUGGAAUUCAGUAGUGACAGGAGAAUAUGCCUGCCAGGCGAAUUGAGAGUAUUUUCCCCACCACCAGCCCACUGAAACUAGCGUCUCAGAAAACAAUCAGCUGCUCCCCGGCUCAUCAGCACUGGGGCCAUUCUGGAUACUGUUUGAAUCUAGAUAAUACAAACGAUAACUCCAAUUUUGCACAUUAUCUCAGAAGAGUCUCCAUUCCUUGAUACAUUUCUAAAUCUUCAAGUUUAUUUCCCAGUGCUUUUUGCCUGCAGUGUUAUUCCCAAAUGGGUCACUUUCAAGGGCCACUCCUUUGAAAACACUACAUCGAUCCUUUUGAUUUUUUUUUAAAUGCAAUUGCUAAGGAAAUAUUUGCUGGUAAGUCAGGCUGAUGUAUAAGCACUCAGACAUCUAGUACUAGACAUUAUCCAUUGGAGGAAGAUUUAUAUUAUGAUUAUGGGUUUGGCAGGAAAGAAAACAGGUGGAAAAAUAUAUUCUUGGGUAUCACAAUCAAGAAAGGGAUGACUUCCUCUGUAAAACAUUCCAGAACAUUUCAAAAUUGCCCUAACUUGUCAAGAUUUUCCAGCUGGUAUUCACCGGCUUUUUAUCUUAAGGUACUGUUGUGCCUUUAUUUCCCUAUUUCUAAAGAAAGAAAAUUCUUUCCUGGCUGAGUUUUAAGUCUGUGUCAUGGCAGCCUCUAACAGACAGUGCCCAGCUGGCUGAUAAACAGAUAUUGCCAGAAGACAUGACUGACCAGCCACCUCAUUAGUCUCUGCUUUUGCUCUCAAGGCAAAAAAAGGAAAGGGAAAGAAAAAAAUGGUGCCUUAGUCCCUUGUUGCACAGACAUUUCUAUGCUCCACAUGAAUAUAAGGUGUAACAUUUGUUUUUUUAAGAAAGCAAAGCAUUAAAGUGCUACUCAUAUCAUCACCCUUAGAGGAAAGGAACUCAGAGUUCUCCAUCCAUUGAGCAGAUUUCUCAGGGAAAGGGCAGGACGUGGGGUAGGAAGAUAGAAGAUAGCUAGAAGGGGAAGGAAAGGAGAUCUGGAUGAAAUCACUUUAAAUAUUAACAAUCAUAUGAAAUCAUGGUGUUAUUUAUACAAGCACUAGACUCAAAAGAAACUAAAAGAGAAGGGGAUACAGAAUGAGAUUUAGGAAAUUUUUUCAAUUUAAAAUAUAUCUCCUCUCUGGUAAGUAAAUUUGCCAUAUGUCUGAGGUCCUUUCAUUCAGACCAAUAUUGUGAAUAUUUCUCAUUAAAUAUUAUUUCUUAUUUCUUAUUAAAUAUUUCUCAUUAAAUAUUACUAGUGAAUAUUUCUCAUUAAAUAUUACUAGAAAAUUAAUUUGAACCUUUACCUUAUUUAUAAUAUAUUUGAUAUUUCUUAAAUUAUAAUGAAAUUCCUCAAGCCCAUGCAAAUAUACUCUAGAAAGUAGUUAGUUGCUAAGACAUACAUUAUAAUUUUCCCAACUCCAAAAAAUGUAUUCAUAAUUGAAAAACAUAACUGGAAAACAAACUUCAGUAUUGAAGUAAGGAUUUAAAACUGACAAUGCUGGUAUUUGUAAACUUUGUCUUCUUUGAGAAAUAUGUAACUACAAAGUGAAGAGGAAGAUAGGGUUCCCUGAUUUAUUUAGGCAACCUAAAAGAAAGAACCUUAGCAUUCAGUGUACCAUACAGAGAUCACCACAGAAUACAGAUGACAUUUUUCCAAUUCCACAAAACACUCUUUGCCUUCAGCUUUGACUCAUUAGACAAUAAGUCAAGGUUGAAGACAGAUCAACUAUUUGACCAUAACAGUGAAUCAUUGGGAUAGUAAUGAGCUGUAUCCUAUACUUUGAAAUUUUUAUAUUUUGCAAGUAGAACUGUAAGUUGGGUAGAUACUUUUAUUCCUUUUUAAGAAAAGCAGUGUACCCUUAUUCUGGUUUGGGUUUUCUGGGUUUUUUUGGUAGGUUCUCUUUUGGUAGAAUCUGAAGUUCAGUUCUCUUUCGUGAGCAUGAGUACUACAGAAUUACAGGGGGGAAAAAUGCUUCAGUAAAGCAGACUUUAAAUAAGAAUAAUUACAAAAUGUUUACAUGUAGCAAGUUAUACAAAGUAAAAAAAUCUCAAAGAAAGCCAGUCUCCAUUUAUGGAUGUCAUGUCCCAGAGUAUGUUAAUUGUUUAGAACUCAGAAUUCAUUCUCCCACAGAGUCUAUAUUAUGGGAUCCAAGGCUAGUUUAUGAAAAUAAAUUUACCCCAUACUGUGUGCAAACUAACUACUACUACUAACCCAGUUAUGGGUCCCAGGAAUAAAAAGAGGAGAGAAUGUACAUAGCUCUGAACCUACAAUUUUACAAGAGGGUUUUGGCCCCUUUCACCAUCUUUUCUACAGCCCACUGCCAGUCCCAGUAUGCCCUGUGCCACAUCCAAGUCAGAUUUCAACCGGAAAAUUAGCUAAGUCACAGAAGUCCUUUCCAGAAGUGUUUACGGUUGUCAAAAAGAGCAUUGCUUGAUGUAGAUAAUCUCUAAUAAAUAGGACUCCUGGUCACAGUGAAAUCAGCUGCAUUUUUCCAGGAUGGAGAAGAAAGGGAGAUAAUUAGGAACCCUUGGUAGAUUAGUGGUCCUUUCCCAGACUGCCUCAGUGAGUUCCUCACACUCUUCCUGGUGUCUUGGUUUCUGCCUUUCCCCAUCUCUUCCUUCACUUCCUCCCAAGGUCUCUCGAAGACCACGGUCAAGGCAGCCUUUGUAGUUAAAAUUAUUACUUUAUAUUCACAAACCUAAACAGAGUAAGAUUUUGCACAUUGCUUUUAGAUGCCCGUAUUUGCUGCCAAAAUUGUUUCCCUGAGAUUGAGAUUUAGUCUUUUUCUAUGAUUUUGAUAAAGUGUGCAUCAUAAAAGCACCUGGACAACUCAAAGUGCACAGGAAUUCCUGACGGAAAGGCUCUGCCAAGUAUACCACACUCUUCUCCAGAUUCCUCUGUGCCAUGAGGCUGUAGGCUUGAUGGAGGGCACACAGGUUGUUCAUAGGCUCUCUCCUAGCUCCAGCAUCUCCCAAUCAGCCUUUAAAGAUGCUUAAGCUACCUGGUUACACCAUCUUGUUUUUUUCUCCCAUUAUUAUUAUUUUCUAGCCUUCUCCAUCAGCACAAAACUAGGGCACCUUUUACUACUUUUAGGCUGUUUAAUUACUGACUGAGGCAGAUGCUAACCUACAUAACCACUCAGGUUAAAAUACUUUCAAUCAAAAUGACGAAAUAUUAACAAUUUGAAAGUAACUAUAAAUGGGAACUUCUUGCUACAAUAUCACUAGGCUUUUUGUUCUUGUUGUUUUAAGAAGAAGGCUUAUAGAGAGGCAGCUGAGAGAGUCAAAUAGCCUUAACUGUAUCAAGAUAAUGCAAUUAUAUAAUAGGUAUCCUUGACUUCCCCCAAUAUAUCACACAACUGCUUCUAGAGGAAAGUUUUCUUUCUCAGAAAGGAAAAUCCAUUCAUCAAUCCCAUCAAACUAAGCAGAAUGAAGACCUUUGUUUGGAGCUGAUAACAAUAGCAAGAAGUUACAAACAGCAGGGAGGAGGUGACAUUUGUUGAGUGUCACUGUGAAUGUAGACCUUUAUCUAUGUUACCAUAGUUCUCAACAUAGCCUGGUGAAACAGGUAUUGUUUUCCUCAUUUUUCUUCACCUGAGGAUACAGACACAGACCCAGAGAAGAAAUUUACCCAAGAUAACCAGUAAACAGCAAAGUUGGUUGUAAAAGAGGUAGUCCUGAAUUCAGAGGCCAUGCUCUCCAGCACCAUGCUCUCAGUGCACAGAGUAAACCCUUUAGUGUUUCAAGAAAUUAAACAGUUAAAAAGAGUGGAGAAUAUUUGAUUGAUGUCCCAGAUCUGUUAAGUUAUGGGAACUUUUCAAAUAGAAUUUAAAAAGAGAGAGUGCUUAUACAUAUAAAGAUAAUUUAUAAUAUUUUGGGUGUUUGAAAAUAAAGGAAACAAAAUCUAAACAUUAAUCUUAAAGCAGACCCUCAUUGGUAAUUUAGAGAACUUGCCAAUUUAGGUGGAAAUGAUGGAAUAGUAAUGUUCAUGGCCAGCUGUUACGCAGAAAAACACAGCACUCUGUCUGGAAUGACUUGCACGAUUUGUAAACCUUUUUCAAUUACCAUUUAAUCACCGAGUAAAGUGCCCUGUAGUUAACAGUGCCUCUCUCUACCUGCUUGCCUCGGAAGUAUACAGUACUUAAUUGGUAGGGCAUCCUCAAAGUUUGGAAAUAGGCAAAAUAAGUGAUAAUGAUUUUUCAAAUGCACAUGCUUUGAGGAUGAAGUGACUGGUUAGAUAAGACUGUUUAAAGAUUCAGGUACUGAAGGCAUCAGGUCAAUAUACAUAGUAACUAUGUGCUAUAACACCUAAAUAUUUCUACUUACUUUGAGGACAAGGAAAAAAGGCAGAAGGAAAAUCCUAUAUUUUCCAUCAAGCAGAUGACAGAACCUACCUAUGCUUGGGUACCACUUAGGUGAUCCUAGUGAGAUUUAGUGUGGCCUUACAGAAGCAAAGGACUGCUUUUAAGCAUUUUUACUGGAAAUAUGAGCUUGUUACUCAGCAAGAUUUAUGAAAUUGGAAAAGAACUCAUAAUUGUGCCUCGUCAAAAACAAAAAAAAAAGUAUAUUCUCAUUCACUAGUGAAACAAUCUAGAAAACUUUGUCUAUCUGUCUUGUGAGAUCCUCUUCCUCUGCUUGUGUUGUAAUGUUUGUAUUUUAUGUGGAAAUAGCUAGGAAUUAAAAUUUUGGACUAGAACACCAUUUAGGUUUCUAAAACACAAAAAUUUCUUCAGGGAAGACAGACCAGAAAAAAAAGAAAAAGAUCAUUCCCUAAGAUAGUUGAAGAGAAACUCAAUUGAGAACAGUGUUCUAUUUCCUCAUAAACAGUAGCACUACUUACUAACCACACUUACUAAACCCAAGUCCCACACCACUAGCGCCCUACAAAACCUGUCCCCCUCUAAGUGAUAAUGCAUGGGGCUGUGGGGAGGAGAGACUGCUGACCAUCUUGACAGAACUGCAGUCAACUGCUGAUGGAUCUCAUUCAGCCAUGGUCCUUCCAGCCUUUUCAACCACCAAGAAUUGCUUGUACUAUUAGUUCCUAUCCUGAAGGUUUAAGUAGUGGUUGUCCACUAUCUUUUAACUUUAUAAUAGUAGUUCUCACACUUUAGCACACAUCAGAAUCACCUGAGGGCUUGUUAACACCCAGAGUGCUGGGUCCCACCCAGAGUUUAUGAUUCAAUAGGUUUGGAAAUUUACAUUUCUAACAAGUUCCUCCAAAAAGCAAUGCAGCGGGUUUGGGGUCCACACUUUGAGAACCACUGCCUUGAAAAAUUCCCAACUACCACCUUUGAGAUCAGCCUGACUUAUCAAGCUCUAGAGAAAAACUGAACUAAACCUUGGGCAGACAGCUCGGGAUUGUGUUGUCUAAGCAUUCCUGCUCAAUCUUCCCAGUUUCCAGGUCUAUUAUACCAACAAUUGGUUUUUCACAAGCUAGAAGACAAUGAAUGUAUAAUUUCUAUGGAACAGUGAAAUCAGUGUGAGCUCCUCUUUGUAUUUAGGAUUAUUGAGUCUAUGGAUGAUUUGUAUCAUGUUGACCCUUUGACUUGUACUGAGGUAAUUUUAAAUUUAAGUAUGUAGUGUUUGAGUCUCUUCUGUCCAUACAGUUUUAAUGAGAUGUUUCCAUGGUGACUCCAUUUCAACCUUGGCUCCUGGCUUCCAGAGAUUUUUGAGUAGUUACUAGCUUGCCAGUAGUUUUAUAUCUCUCAUUAGUCACCAAAAUAUCAGCACUUCAAGAUGAUAUUACAUUAUUUGAUAUACCUUCAUCUUUCACUUAACUGUCUGGUAUAAAUUAAUGUUUUAAUUUCCUAUAUUAGCUAUAAAGAGUCUGCCAAAUGGCUUCGUGGAAAUUUGCAAACUGAAACAACUCCCUUUUGAGCAUAUGUGCGCCUGUUUUAAAAAGGACUUUUCAGUAAAUAUGUUGUCUUUGAGCUCAUUUGCACGAUGAGACCAUAUCCGUUAUCUCAUCUUCCCAAUGAUGGGAGAAAUGUCAAAGUGCAUCAAUAUGCUUUGGGAAUACAGUGAAAUCAUGUUAACUCAAAUACAGGUGGGGCCUUAUUUUAUUUCUUAACUCUAUUCAGUUUUAGCUUUGGAAAUUCUUUUUAACAUUAAAAAAUAAGGAUCAUGGAAUAAUUCAAGAGAAAAAAAUUAAGUACCUUAAAAUUAUCAUCUGUUUAUUAACUAUAUUAAUUACACAUAUUCUUAUUGAUUUCAUGUUUCUCUAAAGAUGUAUACUUAAAUACCCGACAUCAUUUAAAUUACUUUAGAUUGUUGUAUGAAUAGAAAGUAAUGACUAUACUUAACUAGAAUUACUAAGAUCAGAAAGCCUAUUGAUGGUAUUAAGGAUUCAAGUCCUUGCCUCUGUAGAGAGAAAUACAUUUUUUGUUUCACUUUUGUUUUUCAUAAGCUCUUUUGGAAAUUAUGUGUGCAUUUAGUUCUUUUAAUUGUAAUUGAUUUAAGUAUAAAUUUAAAAAAUUAACCUCUAGGAAUAAUUUAUGUUUGAUCUAUUUCACCAACUGGUGCCAAAAAAGGGAGAGAGGACGGAAUCUAAAAGUCAAUCUUUUGAACCACUAUGAACUUUGCCCCCGGCACUACCAGCCACCGGUGGUCAUUCAUGGCUACCUCACAAUUCUGGGCCUGCUGCUUUGUGUUCCUCCCUGUGCUGUUCUCUCAUCUAAUUUUUGUUGGAAGUAGUUUUCUCUAGAAAAAACUGGUUUCCCACUAAAUAGGCAAAACUGGAUAAAGAUUAAUGCUUUUGAUAUUUUGGGCUUCACUCUCACUGAAACCAUUAGUAAAAUAUCCGGGUACGGCAUGAGAGGGGCAGGAGGAGGUGCCUAGGGAAAAAGGCUGACGUGGGUUGUUUUUGUUUCUCGAUUGGUUUUCUGUAGAAGAGCUGGGGGUAGGGAGCUAAGAAUAAGAAGUUUAUUGCCCUAACCAUGCCAGGAGACUAUUAUUCAAGAUUAUUUUCCUGCUUUUCUAAGAGGAAUGAAUUUAAAUUAACAGCAUGGCAAACAGUUCACCUAAUACCAUCUCCCAGUCUACAUAAAGCCAGUGGGUGGUAAGGGUCCUUUUAUCUUUUUGCGUGUUAUGCCAAAGAAUCGAUUUAUUUUCACUGAAAAUUAUAAAUAAAUAAAGCUUUGUGUAGCCAUAUAACUUGAGUCAGUAUACCAUUUUAUCUAUAAGAUGCAAAAUUCAUCCUUGCAGCCCCAUUCACCAGGAGCCUUGAAGCAUUUCUUUCACUCCAAAGGACUUGUCAAGGAAAUACAAUUUUUAUUUUGCCUUCUUAGUUUGGUCAUGUUUAUUUAAAAAACAAAAGAAAACUGAAAAACACCCUCCUUUAUAUGUUGGUAUAACUGAUUUGAUAUGAUCUGUCCAUUUGUUUAACAGGUCCCUGUAAGCAAGCUUGCAAGUGUAUUUUGUGUACAUUUUAUCUGAGGUGAAAGUGAAAAUUCUAAAGAGAAAAUAUUUUAAAAGAGACUGUAUUUAUGUUGCUUGUGUUGUAGAAUAAAAAUUCAAAUGCAUUAAAAAAA